AUGGUUCGAUUAAGUUCUGACCAAUCCUUUCACUAUGAGAUGCUUCGUGUGUUAGCGGGUGCAACAUAUCAAGCCUCCGAUGUUAGCGAGGUGCUUAACGCCGCCGAUUGUGUUAUACCUGGCGAUAUCGAAAGUUUCUCCUCAGCGUUUCUCAACCUUGCCAGCCGAACUCACAGCAUCGCAGAAGGCAUUAACCACAAGAAGUAUCCCGUGUCAGCCCGCAAUGCUCGGUUCCGAGAGGCAACCUACUAUCGAGCCGCCGAUUUCUACUUGCACGGGAAGUGGAACGACGCACGCGUUACGGAACUCUGGGAAAAACACCGCAAUGCUUUUGACAAAGCCAUUGAACUACUUCCGCAACCCGCGGAGCGCGUAGAGCUCCAGGCUGAUGGCUUCACCGUCCCGGCAAUCUUUUACGGCUGCGGUCAGUCAGGACCAAGACCGACGAUCCUGAUGUGUAACGGCUAUGACGGGGCCCAAGAGGAGAUGUAUCACGCUGCAGCAGAAGGUGCAUUGCAGCGUGGGAUAAACGUGAUCACAUUCGAGGGUCCCGGCCAACCAACUGUUCGAAGAGAGCAAAAUCUUGGUUUUAUCCUGGAAUGGGAAAAGGUUGUGACACCUGUUAUGGACUACGCGCUUUCACGGGAAGACGUUGACCGAAAUGCUGUUGCACUGAUGGGAUACUCUUUCGGUGGCUUCCUCACCCCUCGUGCAGCAGCUUUUGAACACAGGCUUGCUGCCGUUAUUUCCAUCGGAGGCGUCUUCAACUUUGGGAAAGUAAUUUUGGGCCAUAUUGGGCCUGAAAUGGAGGCCUUGUGGCGGGCAGAUAAGAAGGAUGCUUUGGAUGAGGCAGUUAAAAACCAGGUUCUCAAUCCCGAGACUCCAACAACUGUCCGAUGGGGCAUAGAACAGGGUCUUUGGUCUUUCAACCUGGAGUCACCGACAGAAUGGGUCACACAGACUCUGAAAUACGACCUCGACGCUGUUGUGGACAAGAUUCAAUGCCCCGUCUUUGUCGGUGAUGGGGAGAGUGAGCACUUCUUCCCCGGCGAGGCAAAGCAACUGGCUUCUAGGCUUGGGGAGAAAGCAACCUAUCACAUAUUCAAGAAUCAAGACGGUGCCGGCGAGCAUUGUCAGGUUGGUGCAUCUCAGUUGAUGAACCAAGUCGUGUUCGAUUGGUUCCACCAACUGAUGGAGAAGAAGUAG